UUUGGCAACGUUCGCAGAAUGGCAGCACCGGCUGUAUUAUCGAAUUCCUCAGUUGAGAUGCUGGAAUCUUCCCUCCCGGAACUCAGCCAAGUUUCGCUCAAUGAUGUCUCAGUGACCGCUUCACCCAGCAGUGUCAAAAACCAUCCUCCGAAGGCAACAGAAGAAACACAGGAGUCCGAAGCAGAGAUGUUCCGAUCCAAAGCAUCCCCUUCCUCAGGGCUGUGGACCACCAAGCGUGAUGGGGAAGUCAAGCUAAGAAUGGACGACAGCGGUAUCGGUUGCGAACCACCCAUCAGGAUUCACGAACUUCUCCAACAGGCCGUCCAGAAAUAUGGGGACCUGAACGCGCUGGCAAUGAAGAAGGAGGGGAAGUGGACCAAGCUGACUUUCAAGGAGUAUUACGCGCAGUGCCGGCAGGCGGCCAAGAGCUUCAUCAAGCUGGGUUUGGAGCGUUUCCAUGGCGUGUGCAUUCUGGGAUUCAACUCUGUCGAGUGGUUCCUGGCCGACAUCGGAGCGAUUCUUGCUGGUGGUUUUGCUGUUGGGAUCUACACUACCAACUCCCCCGAGGCCUGCCAGUACGUGGCGGAGAACUGUGGGGCCAACAUCAUCGUGGUGGAGAAUGACAAACAGCUCCAGAAGAUCUUGGAGGUCCAAAAGAAACUCCCUCUUGUGAAAGCAAUCAUCCAGUACGGUGAACCUAUAAAGGAGAAGCUACCAAAUCUCUACAAUUGGAGUGAAUUUAUGACUCUUGGCGAUGCUGUCCCGGAUGAACAGUUAGAUAAAAUAAUCGAGGCCCAGAAGCCGAAUCAGUGCUGCACCCUAAUCUACACCUCGGGGACGACGGGCCAGCCGAAGGGAGUUAUGCUCAGCCACGACAAUAUAACAUGGACCGCACGCGCAGGGGGGGAGUUUGUCGGCCUGACUUGUGGUCUUGAGCGCCAGGAACUGGUGGUCAGCUACCUCCCCCUCAGCCAUGUUGCCGCACAAAUGAUUGACAUCUGGCUACCAUUAACCUUUGGGAUACAGACCUUCUUUGCCCAGCCAGAUGCUCUAAAGGGCAGCUUGGUGGAAACCCUGAAGGAGGUGAGGCCGACAGCAUUCAUGGGGGUCCCUCGUGUCUGGGAGAAGAUGCAGGAGAAGAUGAAAGCGGUGGGCUCCAAGUCGUCGGCCUUGAAGAAGAGGAUUGCAGUCUGGGCAAAGGCAGUUGGGCUGGAAACCAACAUCAAGCGGAUGAAUGGAUCUACUGAGGUCCCAGUGAACUACCGCUUGGCCAAGGCGCUAGUAUACAAGAAAGUUCGGAAGGCGCUGGGCUUAGAUCACUGCACCAAAUGCUUCACGGGGGCUGCCCCCAUCACAAAGGAGACGUUGGAAUACUUCCUGAGCCUCGAUAUUCCAGUCUAUGAGCUCUACGGCAUGAGUGAAAGUUCAGGGCCUCACUCACUCUCUCAUGCGGGCAUAUACAAGCUGACUAGUUGCGGCAAAGAAAUCACAGGUUGCAAGACAAUGAUUUUCAAACCGGACUCUGACGGCAAUGGGGAAGUCUGCUUUGCAGGCCGCCACGUCUUCAUGGGCUACCUGAACAUGGAAGAGAAGACCAAAGAAGCGAUUGAUAACGACGGCUGGUUGCAUUCAGGGGAUCUUGGGAAACAUGAUCCAGAUGGCUUCCUCUAUAUUACGGGGAGAAUCAAAGAGCUCAUCAUCACUGCAGGAGGCGAGAACAUCCCACCAGUCCCUAUUGAGGACGCCGUCAAAGAGGCCGUGCCCAUUCUGAGCAACGUGAUGCUUGUGGGCGACAAGGCAAAGUUCCUCAGUAUGCUUUUGACUCUGAAGUGCAACGUGAACAGCGAAACGGGGGAUCCGGAGGAUGACCUGACUCCCGAUGCCAUUGAAUUUUGCCGCAAACUGGGCAGCAAAGCCUCCAAAGUCUCACAGAUUAUCACAAGCAAAGAUCCAGCUGUGUAUUCUGCCAUCCAGAAGGGGAUCACGGCGGUCAAUGACAGAGCUGUCUCCAAUGCCCAGAAAAUCCAGAAGUGGGUGAUCCUCGACAAAGACUUCUCCAUCAACAGCGGGGAGUUGGGUCCCACGAUGAAGCUGAAGAGACCGGUGGUCGUCAAAAUGUACAAACAACAAAUAGACCAGUUAUAUGCUGCGGAAACACCGGAUGCUAAAUAACCGUUGAACAAGCGCAUACCUCCAGCCUGCCUCUAUUAGAAGUCUAGUCCUUCAGUUCCCUCCCUCACCGCUGUCCUUUGGUGAAUGUCACCCUGUUUUUUGACAUGGACUCAUCUCAUUUUUUGGUGCGGAACGAGAAAACACACUGUUUCCUCAAUGUUUCGAAAAACGAGGUUUCAAUAAAGGCAGCUCACUGACCCAUGGCCGCUUCGGAAGUCUCCAGUUGCGAAAUGUUAAUUCCCUUAGUGGCUGAUCUGUUUUGCCCCUGAUCCAUCGGGACACCUCUCUCUUGGCAAGCGGCUUUAUUCCAGCUACUAUGUGGCAACUCACUUGAGUCCCACCCUCCAAAGUCUGUUGUCCCCUCUCUAAAUGAAUGUACAGAGAACUCUGUUCUCUGCAUACGGUUACUUGAGCAUCGUUUUA